AUGGCUGCCCUGGCCUGCGGCAGCGUUCUGCUGCUGAACGCGUCGCAGCCCGUGCCCAGCACUGCUUUGCGAGCCGAAUGUGCAGACUGCCAGACCCACUUCGACACCCUGGAGGUGCCCAAGAGCCAUGCUGCUGCCAGAUGCUUCCGCCAGGCUGCCAGCAGCUGGAAGCCAGAAGGAAUGGAUGCCACAGACAUCCUGCAGGGCUUGAGUGGUGGCGAUUUUCGCCGAAGAGCACUGCAUUGGAUGCAGCAGUGCCAGACAAGGCAUGGGCGCGUGUUCUGGAUCAUGAAACUGAAAGCCGUCAAGCUGAACUAUCAGAUUUCCAACAUUCAGGAAGUGAUGCAACUUUGUGUGCCUCGGGCUUGCUCUGUGGAGAUGGCAGGUGGCUUCCUUGCUCCGUUCUACCUUUACCAGGGGCUCCGUUCAGGUACACUCCAACUGCCCCAGGACCUGCUUCGCACUGGGUGUUAUGGGAACCCCGACACCAACGUUCUGCCUCUUCGUUUGGCCGUGGCUGCUGACCAACAUGCCGAGUUCCAGCAGGCCGUCCACUUGGGACCCGAAGCUGCCCGAGAGUUGCGGAAGACUUGGCUCAUCCAUUCCCACGAAAGUGCACAGAGAUAUCUCCACCCGAUUGUUUACACAGCCUUGGAGCAGCCGCGGAUGCCAAGACCAAGGCAUUCAAGAGCCGGCCCAGCCGAAAAAGGCUCCUCAGGUGCUGCUGUGCUGUUCGCAGGUGAUUGGCGGUUUGAUGAAGGAGUGGUUGCUAGCAUACAGCGUCAUUUGGUGAGGCCGCUCCAGGCUAGGGUCUUCGUGGUAAUCAGCCGGCGAAAACAGCGACGCGGGUGGGCAGAACGCCGUGCUAUGAAGAAACUUGUACCGUCCUUGACCGACUUCUUAUGGGUCUUGGAUGACUCUGCAGAGGACCUUCGCCGAAAGAUCCAACCCAGUGCCCUGCAGCGCUACCAGCACAUGGGUGGGCGGGCUCUGGCCCCCUUAGCGAAGCACAGCCGGGGAGGGUCAUUGCACAGUCUGAUCAAGCUCGAAAAGGUCUUGGAUUUAACAGAAGCCUACGAGAUGCGACGAGGGUUCCGCUUCCGAUGGCUUAUCUACAGCCGACUGGAUCUUGCCUGGGUUGCACAUCAUCCCCCGCUCAAACUGUUGGACGAGAACAGCAUAUGGACUGUGCCCCUGGCAGGAAAGCUUCAGCAACAAACGCUGGGACAGGACCCAAAGACCUUUGCUGCUAACGACUGGCAUGCAGUGGUUCCGCGACAGCUGGCCUUGGCUUACUUCAGGCGGUGGUUUCAUGUUGCCAAGGGCGACGCCCCGUGGCUGCCAUCCCUGGAGCCGGAGGAGCUUUUGAGCUCCCUGUGUGAGGUCAUGGGUGUGCCGGUGCGUACUUUCGACCCGGUGUUCACUUUGACGAACUGUCGACGCUGGCGCUGCCAGUACCAGGGCUGGAUUUCCUCGAACAGCCGCCUGCGGUGGCCGGAGCAAGCAGAGAUCCUGCUCCAAGCUGCCAGGGACCUGCGGCUUGGUGCGGCUUCCUGGGCUAGAGUCGACUCCGGUGGUUUGGCGAUCCUGCGACUCGUGCGUUCUGGCGCAAGUGGAUGUGAGUGGCGUAGCUUCGAGAAGCCACUGGCAGGCAGCCAUCCCUUGGCGCCCAACGGUCAGAGACAUGCUUUCCCCGAAAUGCACCAGCCAGCAGCCGCACAUUUUCUGCAUGCUCCUGAGAGGCCGAAGAGGCAACGCCAGGAAUUCUCUGCCUUUGUCUUCGGAUCCGAGGUGAGCCCUCGGAGGAAUCACGAAACCCUGGCCACCCUGCUGGCCGCAAGAGCCGGGUCUGCAAGAGCGUCCACGAACCCUCGGAGUCUGCUUCGGGUGUCAGCCAUCGGUUUCGAGAGUGACGAGCUGGGGCAGCUGGACCAAUUGGAUGAGUUGCAGGGUCCGUCCGGGGCGUGGGUGGCGGGGCCAUGGCGUGUACUCCCCACCCAGUCCCUGCAGAUAGAGGGGUUCAGAGAGGGACCGGAUCCGGAUGUAGAUCCGCUGGAGGACGAUCUCUGGGAUCGUGGCUCUGGCGGUCCCGAGCACUACCACCAUCACCAACAUGCCGUUGAGCACCUGGAGCAUCACCCGCACGAGCCGCACGAUGACACAAUGACUGACGUCGGAGUGGCGUUGAUCUCAUCGGGGACCACCAUAUUCCUUGCCUUUAUGAGUGCUAUCUUUGCCAUGAGGCUGUUUCGGGAAAUGAUGCGACCACCCGCCCAACAGAUGCAAGGCAUGAAUGCCGGUGCGGACGGCGAUGCUCCUGGAGUCCUGCAGCUGGACAUCCCCGGCGUUCAGCCUUUCCGGCCAUUCUCGGGCCAGGGCUACCGUCUCGUCGUGGAGCCAGAUAGCAAGGCUUCCGGGGUUCACAAGGCUGAUGCCGACAAAGAGAAGGACACUCCUCGCAGCUUGUCGCCUGCUUCUGUGGUUUCCGUCGGGGCGCAGCCCAGCGCUGUAUUGCCUUCACCAGGGGCAACGCAACAGCUUCCGCAGUUUGGAGCAGACGAGGCACCCGAGGUGACAGCACCUGCGCCUUAA